AUGGAUGCCUUAGCAGACAGAAGCCUACAACCUGCCCCUCAACAUCCUGAUAGAAGCCUACAACCUGCCCCUCAACAUCCUGUGUCCCCAUGUGGCUUCUAUUCAAAACAAGAUCCUGCUUCUUAUUAUUUUUCAAACUCAGAUCCACCAAAACCAGGGUAUGGACUCUAUCCAGCUUAUCCGAAACCAGCAGAAGGCAACUCAUGGGCAAAUAGUCAGAAGUCAGUUCAGUAUCCUUUUGUUAGACAGCCAGUAAAAGAAGAAUCAAUGCAGGAUGAGAGAAAUGAAGGAUCACGAGCAUACAUCACUCCUCCAAACUCUGAAAGCAACCCUCACCACCUUUCUGUUGCAGCUCAUCAGCAGAUACAUCAGCCUCAACUUCAGACGUCCUUACCAGCAUCAUCUCCAUACUCCCAUGGUGGUCUACCCCCAGUGUCCAGAGAGAUGAACCAGAAGAAAUAUUCUGAAGAGAAAAGUUCCUGUGAUGAACUGAGUACCUUCUAUGACCCUCAUAAAUUAGGGAGUUUUCAAGGCUCAGUUAGGUCCAUUAACUUACCAAGGUCUCCUGAACCUUUACAGAAUGACAAUGUAAAUUUAACUUAUGACUACAAAAAACAAUUCAUCAGUGGAAGAUUUGCAGAUGACAAUUACAGGUCUCUAUACUAUCAACAUUUCCGUGAUGCACCACAAAACAAGAACACAUUCAUCAAUGAUAAUGUAAGUGUCAUUUCCUACAACAAAUCCAGAGCAACACCUUUGAUUCCUCAAGAGAAACAAAGAGAUGCUGGUGAAUGUGAAACUAAUACAGCAUCUACUAAACUCAGAGAUAACGCUGAUGUGAUAACAAAACAUUAUCACAGAGACUUUGAUAGAAAACAAAACUUUGCAAAAACUUCAGACCAGAUCUUGUACAGAAGGGAGAUGGAACACCCAGAAAACAUUUCCAAAGGAAAAUUUGUAGACUAUUAUAACGACAGAGACAAAACUAGUCACAGCAUUAAUAAACAACCCUUUUUUGAAAAGAAAAUAAUUACCACUGAAGAUUUUUCCAUAGCAUUAAAAAACAAGCAAAUGGAUGCUGUACCACAUCCUGUUCAGAAAAAUGUGACACCAUCUUUAGAAGAUUCACAGGAGGUUCAAAUGAAUCAUCAGUACCACACUGUUGCUUCACCCCAUUAUGUUGGCCAGAGUCAUGUAGCUCCAGAUGCUUUAAAGUCACCCAUAUCACAAAGUUCUCAGGCAGACAGUCUUCAUGAAUCCACAUUGUAUGGCCCAACAACUGUGAAGUCUGAAUCACUUUCUUCAGUUUCCGAUCAUAGAUUCAGUAGAGAAGAUCCACCCUCAUUAUCAUGGAUGCCUUCUUCUUCUUCUCCUACACCACAUUACCUAAACCAGACACACAAAACUAGUUUCAACAAAGAUUAUGAUGAACAAAAACAGAAUUCUGGAGACUUGAAAGAAGUAACAGGAUAUAAAGAACCUUCACAAUCAGACGAGCAAAUCUCAAGAAAGAAAAUGCUGACAAGGGCAGUAUCUCCUCAGCUAAUGGACACCAGUGAAGAGAGAAAGUCACCAACUGAAACCCCUAGCAAAUUAUCACCUUCUCGAAGAUGUUCCAAUGAGGGCUUUACCAAACUGAACAGCAGCGACAGCUGUGAAGAUGGCAGCCUGGAUGCUAAAAGAGAAGAAUUCUCAGAUGAUGGUGAAGACGACAGUGUAUGUGAAGAAUCCACACCUCACUCUCCUGGAUUUUCUCCUUUCCAUGAUAGAUCUGUUGCUUACCCUCAUCACUUCACUCAUCCUUUCUUUCCAUCUCAGACACAUGGUGCAAUAUCUAGCUUAAAGUUUCCUUUUGGCUCAUAUCAAGGGCAUCAUGAUUCAACACCAGGAUACCCUUUUAGGCACAUGUCUGGGGUACCUCAAGACAUGGCUCUGAUGGGCCACAUGCACUCAGCAAGGCCUCCCUUCAUAAGCUCUGUUGGCCCUGGAAUUGAACCUCUGAGGCAGAUUGCAGGAGAGAAGGAUAUCUACUUUUGCCACCUCUGUAGCUAUUCUGGAAAGUCAAAACCUGAGUUUGACAGCCACAUGAACACACACUUUGAGUUCAACUGCCCACACUGUGACUAUACAUCGAGAACUGAGGGUCGGCUUAAGAGGCAUGUUAAGGACUUCCAUUCUGAUGACAGCUCAAGACGAAGUAUGCCUGGUCGCCCAAAGAUUUACAAGUGCAAACAGUGUCAGUUCUUAGCCACUGAUAAAGAUGCAUUUUGGGCACAUUCUCGCACACACAUCAAGGAGGACAAGCUGCUACAGUGCCCACAGUGCCCAUUUGUCACAGAGUACAAGCACCACCUUGAGUACCAUCUUCGCAACCACUUUGGUUCCAAACCAUUCAAAUGCCCAAAAUGCAACUACUCUUGUGUGAACAAAUCCAUGCUUAACUCCCAUAUGAAGUCCCAUACUAAUGUUUAUCAGUAUCGAUGCUCUGACUGCACCUAUGCAACUAAAUACUGCCACAGUCUGAAACUUCAUCUAAAAAAAUACAAUCAUAAACCAGCGACCGUUUUAAAUCAGGAUGGUAGUCUACCCCAAGGGUUGGACGUUGAAUCAAGUGGGUUGUCCAUUGUUAGUAAACGAGGUCCUCCCCGUGGACCAAGAGGCACAAGGAAAGACAACACUGAGCCAUAUCUGAAUCAUUUAUUUGAAAUGCCUCAGAUGCCUCUAGGAGUUGCCGGAAUGAACUCAAUGUUAAAUGGUAUUUUGCCAUUCUGGCCAAUGCUGCCACAAAUGGGUCUUCCAGGACAUCCACCCCAACAGUCUGGCAUGCUGCCAGGAAUUAGAAACAUGGUGCAACAGAUGGGCAUCAGAGCAGACCAUAAAGACAGGUCUGACAGUUUGAAAUUAGAUUUCUUAAGUGACAAUGAAAACAGUAAGAGAAAUAUUGCUGAUAAAGCAAAGAUCUGUAGGCUGUGUGGCUUUGUUGCGGAAACUAGAGAGGCGCUAGGUUUUCACUUCAUGCAGCUCCACAAGGAAGAGGCUAAAGAGGUGGCUAAAUCUUAUGGCCUCAGUGAAACUUUUUUGAAUGAAUCUUUCAAGAAAAUCAUCCCUGAAUCGAAACCAGAACAACAGGAAGAAUUACAGCAAUCAGAUAGUGAAGAAGAUGGAGAAGACAACAAUUACAGAAAAUUAGAUACAGAUUUUCAUCAGAACGAAAAUAGCCAGAAUAUGCAUCAUGCCAGUGGCCAGGUGGAAGAGUCAUCCAAAAUGACACCAGCAUCUUGGUCACCAGUUUCUUCUGAAAAUUAUGAUGGUCAUAGUAGACCAUCAGAUGUGUAUUAUUCACUUAAAGAGGUUAGUGAUGGCCAAAAUGGAGACGACAAUAGGGAUGUUAAUACAGAAAUUGACAUACUCCAGCAGAUGACUCUAAAAUUUGGAAUGGGACCUCUGACUGAUAACAAAAGGUCUUCUGCAAAUAAUGAGGUGCAGGUACAGAAGAAAGAGAUACUGGAAAGUGUUAGGGAGCCCACAAAUGAGCUUCCUGUUCGUGUUUGUCAGACACCUCUGGAUCUGACCAAACCCAAGUCAGUUUCUCCACUCAUGCUUGAUGAUUCUCCAAGGCGGUUUGACAUCAAUGACCAUGUAGAUGAGGAGGAAAGAAUGUCAAAUUCUGACUCUGAAGUUUUUUCUCAUCCUCAUGAAGUCAUAUCUAACCCAUAUGAAGUCAGAAAUGAUAAAGUACAGUCAGAAAAACUGCUGAAGCGUCUUUUGAGAGAAAAUGAUGAUUCCGUCAGCAUAAACAGUCCUUCUGUCUCUGAUACGGUAAUCCCACCAAGAAAGAGAUCAAGAAAAGGAAAGGCAUACAAACUGGACACUAUUUGUUUGAAGUUACAAAGAAGGCAAUCAAGCACUUCCCAUGAGGAGGAGAAUGAUGAGUGUGACACAGACAUAGAUGGCAGCUUUCAUGAUAUUAAACUUAAUGAAACUAAUGAAGAAAAUACAGAGAACAAUACUGACCGAAACUAUAAUUGUCCCACAAAUGAGAAUGAGUUGAGUAGAAAAAGAAGAGUUAACAGUCCUUAUAACUCUGCAAAACAGAGUCAGCAUGAUUUUGAGGAUGCAGAAAUGGAGGAAGUAACAGUACAUAAGUCUGAGAAUGAAGACAAUAAUGAAAUGAAAAUUAACAUUGAUUUGAGACCAUGCGGAAGCAUCAACAGAGCUGUAGAGAAAAGCAAGCAGAAUGAGGAAUCUGAUUUACUAACAGAGAACACAAGAACAGUCCAAGAAGAAGCUGAGAUAGAGCUGCAGAAACUGCAGAGAAGUUUGCAUGUUUUCAAACAAAGUCCACUCUCUGAUGAGCCAGAAUCAACCAAAGACGAGAUCUAUGUUAAUAACACUGGUGAAAACACUGAAAGUAAAGAUGAUAAAAAUGGUGAGAUGGUAUGUGAAAAUCAGCCUUCCUUAGAUAACAUCAGUGAUGCUGCAACAUCCAACUCCCAGUUUCCUCAGAAAUCUUCAGAAGGGGACAAAGUAGACCAGGUGGAAAUGAUCAAUACAGUGAUUGAGAAUCGUAAAAAGCCAGUUCCGCCAGCUGUCAGAAGAGGCACAGAGUUGGCAUGGAAGUUGUUGAAUGACCCUGUACACCCAGUGACCACACUGCCCCUUCCAGUGGAGACCUUACCAAGUCCACAAUCAUCAAAGACACCCUCAGUCUCACACAGCACUGUGGCUUUUUUACCAGAGAUUAAUAGUUCUACAGCUGUAAGGAAAGAUUCAAAGACUCAUCCGAUGUCACCUCAUUACUCACAACCGCUUCAUCUCAAUGUCCCUCAGCCUCGUCAUCCAACUACAUUUCACCCACACACAUCCCAGUCACAUUACAAAAACCCAUCUGUUUACCCACAGGCACCACAUAUCCAUCACCCGCAUGUCCAGACAUCACUCAUGUCCAUGAAACCACUCAUGUCAAUCCCUUUGCCAUCCACUCCCAUGGCAUACAUCCCCCCAACCAACCGAAUGAUGCCUGAACCAAAUACAACUUCCAACAGUUCCAGAAUGAAGCAUGUACACAAAGACUUGUAUGAGUGUACCUACUGUGACCUGUCAUUCAGGGACUGUGUAAUGUACACUGUACACAUGGGCUACCAUAGCAACCAGAAUCCAUUUCAGUGCAACAGUUGUGGAGUAGUUAGUCGGGACAAAGUUGAGUUCUUUCUUCACAUUGCCCGAUCACCACAUGUUUGA